CUAAGGUUAAUCGUGUCCUCCCUGGAUCCAGUCAAAAGGUGAAAAGGGCAUGGCACAGUGGGCGUGGUGUUACAGUUCUCGAUCUCCGGCCUGAAGAUGAAGUUUUCACUGUUCUGCUGUUCCCAACUAACAAGACGUGUCAAAGCCAGUCUCGAUUUAUUUACAUUACAAUAUAUGCAUACAACUUCACUGGAAUGUGCUGGGCACAACAAAUGGUCAAAGAUAAAGCGAAAGAAAGCAGUUGCAGACAUGGAACGAAGUCAAUACACUCAUAAAUACGUCCAGAAAAUAAUAUCCGCCAUUAAAACAGGAGGAAGUACUGAUCCAGACAAAAACUUGAAACUUGGGAGUGUUGUUCAGCAGGCAAAAUCUGCCGGUGUUCCAAAGGCGAAUAUUGAUAGUGCAAUGAAGCGAGCAGUAAAUAAGAUGGGUAGUGGAUCAGCAGAGGCUAUUUUACUGAAUGGAAGGGGGUCCAGUGGCUAUCUCCUGUUGAUUGAAGCAGUGACAGAUAAUAUCAAAAGAACACGACCCCAAUUGAAGAGCCUCUUGGAAAAGAAUGGUGCUGUUCUUAGUGAUCCGGGCUCAGCUACCUUUAACUUCGAGCAUAAAGCUCUUGUCCAAGUACCAAUCUCUAUCUUUCCUUCAUUGACAGACCCUCUUGAGCUUGCCAUUGAGAUAGGGGCUGAAGAUGUAGACAUAGUCAACAGGGAUGAAGCAAGCAAUUCAUCAGAAGAUGAAACAAACAAUAAGAGUGAAAGAACCGCAGAUUACAACUCAAUUUCAUCAAACUCUAGUUCAGAUUAUCAGUUUAAAUGUGACAUCACUGAUUUGCGUCAGGUUUUGAAGUCACUCCGAGAGAAAGGAGUAAAUGAAUUGACAACCAGCUUCGAGUAUCUACCCAAGAUAUUAGUGGAAUUGUCAGAUGAAAAAUAUGAGCAAGCGAAUCAGCUGGUGGAUGUUGUUAGUGAACAUGAAGAUGUUGUUGAGGUUUAUAGCAACUUUGCAUUGGCUGAACAGACCAGUUAAUUAUCACUUACUGUUGUCAUAAAUUAAUUAUACUUGCAAUGUUUUGUGUGAUUUGAACGUAUGAGACUACAUAUAAUUUAUUGGUGAAUAUAUAUUUU